AUACAGACAGUUAUUGCAUAAGCUGCGAUGCAUGCUGCGAUCCCGGACCAACCAGCUGCUGCUGGAGUUCAGCUUCUGGCCUGAGCCCGAGCCACGCCCGCCAACACACAUCUACGAGAUGCGUAGCUACUUACUGAGGCCAGGAACAAUGAUUGAAUGGGGAAACAACUGGUAUACGGGCCUGAAGCACAGGCAAGCCAACUCCAGCGACGAGCCCGUCGGUGCUUUCUUUGGCAAUAUCGGUGUGAUAAAUACUGUUCACCAUUUCUGGGCCUAUAAGGACCUGCAAGGUAGAAAGGAAACCAGAGAGGCAGCGUGGGCAAGGCCUGGCUGGGACAAGUGUGUACAGUACACUGUGCCACUGAUGAAGUCUGUAGUGAGUCGGAUAUUAAUACCCACUUCUUUCUCGCCGCUGCAAUAGCUCAUCCUGCGACCUUUCAGGCGAUGGAACAUCAGGUUCUAGUCAUGUCGCUGUUGCAGCUGUAACGCGACGCGAGUCUGUGUGUGUCGACGCCGUCACCGUCGUCGCGCGCCGCAGUGCAACGUGCUAUAAAAGUUAGUCAGUACUUUUUUUCUCGUGAGACUUUAUCGCGGUUGUUAGCGCGACCACAUUACGUUAAUGUGUUUCGCAUAAUACCUGUGCCAAGACCGUGUUUAGGGGGGUGGGAGAGGGGGCACGAGUGCCAUCUCUCUGGCUAACCACGACCCCACUUGAUCUCGAUGAUGAGCGAGUUUGUGCGUGUUGUUCUCGUACAUGGAGGCCGGGAGUACGGGAGAGGCCCGCAACCGAGAUACGAAGACCGAGAUUUUGUUUUUGUCUGGCAGUAUCUCUGCCGUGUGACGCGUUUUGUACGUGCGAGCAAGUCUGUCGUGUCGGCAUCACCGCUAGCUCCCGCGCACGCGUGUGGGCACGUUCACGUUCUAUAUUUAGCGCGUUUUGGGGAUGGCGGAAAGCAGCAUCUCUGAAUGAGAUUACCCGAUGCGUUGAUUCGGUGUGUUCCUGUAGCAGAUUUUUUAGCGUAAUGCCAAGGUCAUUGCAGUUCUACGAUCAUGGCAGCGAAUUCUCUCUCGGAUUAUUAUGAAAUUCACAAUCACUGGAGUCGUACGGCAAUAUCUCGAAAAUGCGUUUUGCGAACGUCCAACAUUUUAAUGAAUUCAGUAUAUAAAAUGAUGGCCAAUUUUAUAGCAUUUUUUUUAAGGAUGAUCUGAGAAGUUGCUAUAUGAAUUGACAAUUAGUAGCACGUUAUAUGAUCGGUAGUCAUACUUGAGUAGUUGCUGUCUCUUGGGCAUCAAACCCCACCAAAUUGUGAAGAAGCCUACUCCAAAGUUGUCUAGAAACUUACAGACUAGGUUCAGGAGCCAACCCCCGAUCUCUAACCAAUUUGUUUAAGAGAGGGAUCUGCACUUGAUCUAGGUUUCGGUUAUCACAAUAGUACUAAAGUCAACUAAAUAUAUUUCUUAGCUAAUCGUGAUCUGUGAUAAAAAAAAGAAGUUGUAGAAUUGUAGAAUAGUCCAUUCAAGCUGUAGAAUGGAGUGUUUAAACUGAAAACUGACAUGCAGAGAGACAGGAACGUGGGCAAUAGUAAGCGAGAGAGAGAGAGGGAGAGGGAGAGAGAGAGAAAGGGAGAGGGAGAGACCUAUUCGUCACAUUGCUACUUGUUGCUUAAUAGAAAUGCUAAGGGCUGUACAUUAUCUACGCGUUAUAUCUUACAUACCACUAUCCGUCUCGGAGCCAACUGGCGGCUCGGUCUGUUUUGUUCAGUGUCAAAAUAAUUACACAACUCGUUAUGCAGUUCUGUUUAGCAUGACGUAAUAAAAUUGUUUUUGUAAACAC